AUGGUCAAUCCGUAUGAGACCGAUCCUGCGCGUAUACCAGAAGACGACCCCUUUUACCAACGAAGUCCCCAAUACGGCCGCUAUCUCCCGCGGGAUGAUGAUUUUCAACCCCGCUAUGAUGACUGGUGCCAAUUCGACCCCCAAGCGACAGAAUAUUGGGAAAGCACCGUGAAGGCCCUGUGUACUCCGGAAAACUCGUUGCAUUUACAUGGAGAAAGGCAAGCAUAUGCUGCUGGCAGAGUUAUCAUCAGGGUCGACCAAGAAGAUGCAGUUGGUGCGGCCGCCGAGAGGUUCUUAUGCCUGAAUGCAAAUGAACUGAGUGCAUCCAGGAAAGCUGAUAACGCUUUCAAACACCUGGGGGUCGACGUUCCGAAAAUAUAUUACUGCGGGAUAAUAGAUGGGAAGAAUGUCACAGUGGAAGCUCGAAUCCCUGGCGUUUCUCUGGAUGUCGCUUGGAGGUACCUCAAUCCGGAACAGGUUGAGGUCAUGAAACAACAGUGUCGCAUUGUUUCACAAGAGCUCAGCGGCGCAGACCCGGGCUUGGACCAUCCAUCCUAUGUCUGCAACAAAGUACAUCGGCAGAUCAGGGUUCCGCGCCUAAUGGCAGAGUCUGAAUCAGGGCCUUUACAGAACGUCCAAACUUGGGCCAACCUCUACGAAAGCCUUCCAGGGACUGUGCUGGCUGAGCCAGUAUAUCCAAUCAAGAUCGAGCCUUCUAGCACGAGCCUGGAUAGAGUUCCUUUAGAUGCUGAAGAAGUGAAAAAUGGCAUAGAUGCACUUGAAGAACAUCCAACACCUAAGAAGGUUGUGAGUCUGAAAAACCGAGGAAAUUCACGGGCGUCGUCGUCAGACCGGUCAUCCCCAGCCAAUUCUACCAAAGCACCAGGCAGACGGGCAGGACCUGGAACAAAGAAGGGAAUUGGGAGGAAGACUUCGACCAAGAAAAGCAAACUUGAUAAUCAGGAUAACGAGAGUGUCAGCAGCCGCCGCUCUCAAACUCCCUCCUCUUCUCGCACAAGCAAGGUGCCAGUGAAGAAACAAAGCUCCGCUUCCCUGGCAAACUCGCCGGCCCCUGAACCGAAGAAGAAAGGCGGCAGGAAGGCAAAGGUCGAGGUAGAGGAUGAGGAAAUGGAAGAGGGAGAGGAAGGCGAUGAAGAUGAAGAAGAAUCAGAUCCUGACGCGGUUUUCUGCAUCUGCCGGAAGCCUGAUAACCACACUUGGAUGAUUGCGUGCGAUGGGGGCUGCGAGGAUUGGUUCCAUGGGAAAUGCGUUAACAUUGACCCACGGGACGUUGAUCUCAUUGAGAAAUAUAUCUGCCCGAACUGCAAGGAAAAUGGAAAAGGAUGCACUCUGUGGAAGCCUAUGUGUCGACUGAGGGAAUGCCGAAAACCUGCGCGUGUCAGUGGCCCAACUCCUAGCAAAUACUGCUCCGAUGAGCAUGGCCUGGAGUUUAUGCGUCAAAAAACUCGACAUCUCAACUUCAUCCCUCCACAGGGCAUUCAGAAACCAAAAACUAUCUUCAGGGCAGCUCUCAGUGGCACGCAGACCCCGCGAGAUGACGACAGCGAGUAUGACUCGCAAAUGGAAGAUGAACAAGACAACAGCAUGGAAGACCUCGGGAGCAGAGGCGGAGUCCUUACCCUAGGCGAUCUCACAGCGGUCAUAAUGGGCGUGAGUUCUGUCGAAGAGUUCCGCAAAUUGGGCGCGCAUAUCGUGGCACCCCCGGCAGAACCAGCACCAGACCAAGUACCACCGUCUGAUACCACAGAUGCUGGAACCCCACCCUCCAAGAAACUUGGUCUCGACGUUGGUGUCGACGGCUUACACUAUUCUCCUGAUGAAGCCGAGAAACUCGAAAAACUCCGCAAGCAGCGCGCUGAACUCUUCCACCGCCGCGAUAUGCUAACUGCACGAAACACGUUCCUCACUCUCGUGCGCCACCGCUCAAAGAGCAUCCUCGACAUACUUAAGAAGAAAGAUCCCAAAGGCGGCUGGAAGGAUAUCUGCGGCUUCGAUACCCGGCUUGCCUGGUCCGACGAGGAAUUCGACGAGUGGAGGUUGUCAGAACCAGGUAAAAAGGCGUUGGAGGAGGGCACGCCUGAAGCCUUGGCGGCAAGUUAUCCGACUAGCAAUGUCGAUACCGAUGGCGAUACGGCUAUGGGUGUUGAAGAUGAAGACAGUUCUGCGAGUCUUACGCGUGGCGUCUGCCUGAAGAAGCGAUGUGAGCGGCACAAGCAGUGGGUCAAGGUGCAGCAGCAGGAUGUCGCGUUUGAGGAGCGCACGCUGGAGAGCGAUCUUGCUGAGUGCGAGAAGGAGGCACGGGAGGUGGUCGAACGUGCUGUGCUGCGAAUGUGGGCUGAGGACGGGAAUGCUCAGAGUCAGCUGGAGAAUGGGUGGUAG